AUGCACCAAGAAUCAAGAACUAUAUUAGACUUGUACCCACAUGAUAUACUACUGAUUAUCAUCUCAAAUUCAGGCGCUAACAACCUCACCAAACUUAUGUCAUGUCAGUCAUUCAUGCAACAAAAUCGGAAUUUCAAACGAGCCCUCGAUAAUGUCCUAAUCAACUCAAAGUACAUCUUUUACAACUACACUACGAGACCGGAGCUUACGGUUGGAUGGGAUGAUGACAUGAAUGAACUCGAGCCAUCUGAUUUUGACAGUCGCGAGAGUUUUGAAUUGUUUGAUGAUUAUUGUGCUACUGAGGGCAUUGAGACGCAAAUACGCAUAACCUAUGGCAUCUAUGACAUUUUUGACUUGGUCGAGCUUGAAGAGUUGCUUUCGCGCUUGAGGCCAUGUAGUGAUGCAAUGUUACAAUUACAUUUGGAGUUGUCAACGUGUCGUCUACUAUUGUUAGAUUUGACGCGAUUGCUCAAAAUUGUCACCCGUUUGAGAAAACGCAUUGCAGGAUUGACACUCGAAGGGGAAUUUGCGACUGAAAUAAAGGGCGUGAUCAAUUUGGACUAUUUCACAAAUAUAAAAGUUUUGAAUAUCGGUGGCUUGUCAUUCUGUGGGUCACCCAGAAACUGCAAUAGCCUAACAGAGCUCACAUAUCUAUCAACACGCUUUCCGAUGCGUCUCCUCGAUGUGGGGGAGCUACCACCAUCCUUAAAGCGAUUUGCUUGUGAUGUAGGCAGUUUCGGUCUUGACUCAACCUUACCUGAUACUGGCGAAUAUCCACGUCUUGAAAGCAUUCAUUUUCGUCGCUGUAAAAGUGCCGCUCCUGAGGUUAUCAAGGACAUAUUAUGGAAUAUGACUUGUCCUAGAACCUCCAGCAUAAAGUUUGAUAGAUGGUUUGGUCAGAGUGUCGAUGAAUUUGUGCAAUUACUUAGUGAUGUUUCAAGAGGAAAUGGUUUCAAAUUGGAAUCUUUAUCGUUAGAAGGAUCACUCGCAUUUCCUUUAAACAUAUACCCAUUGAUGCCUACUUUAGAAAAACUUGAGUUACGAGUGGCGAAUGGCCUCAGGCUUGAUGGUAUUCUAAGCAAGAUUCCGGUAGGGUUGGUCAAGUUGCACUUGUCUAACUGUGAUGCUAUGAGAGAAGUUGACGUGGACUUUUCCAAACUAAGAUGCUUAAAGCAUCUCAAGUUACAUCAUUGCAAUAUAAAUGACUCGAUAUUUCACCUCAUGCAAUUUCCCGAGUCACUCGAAGUUUUGGACUUGGCUUGUAACAACAUAGAGUCGCUUGAAGGAGUACUGUUCCCCACGAGAUUAGUUAAUUUGAGCUUGGAUCUGAACCGCUUACGUCACAUUGAUGAUUGUAGUUUUCCAGAGUCCCUAAGAAAACUUAAUGCUUCUGGAAAUCGAUUAGAAAGCGUUUGUUUGCUGAAAAGCAAAGGUGGUAAAGAGCUUAGCAUUGAAAGUUUAUUUUUGGAGUCGCAUCCUGAAAUCUCAACCCAUUGGGAGUUGCCAAAAGUCCGAACUUUAUACUUGUCUCAAUUCAAACCAUAUGUUGGUCAGUAUUUGGGAGAGAAUUUAGUGAACUUGGUGUUGAUGGAUUGCGGUGACCUCUGUUUCAACAGCAUAGAUUUUGGAAACAAGCCGAGGAUACAAUAUCUAUUUGUCCAUGAUUGCUCCUUGGACGGCUUUGAUAUGAGUUCACUUCCAGAGUUGGAGGAAGUAAAGUUAUCUUUUAUGGCCAAAGUGCCGAAAGGCUUGGGCCAUUUGAGAAGGUUGCGAUAUCUUAACAUUACCCAAAGCUCGAUUAAGAAAGUGUCUCUUGAGUUCCAUUCUAGAUCCCUAGAGGUUCUAGAUCUUUCAUCGAACCUUAUUGAAAAAGUCCAAUUGACGUUUCCAGUUGGUAAAACUAAACUAAAAAGACUCAGCUUGAGUGAAAAUGAAUUAAGGGAUAUUUCAUUGGAGGAUAUUGGACACAAGGGUUUGAGCAGGCAUGAAAGUUUGUGUGAGUUGGGGCUAUCUAGAAAUGAAGCUUUGUCUGGGGCCCCAAUUUUGAAAUUAAUUGACCAGUUAUCACUAGCGACACAAAGCCUGUGGGUGAACGAAACUGCCAAAACCCUGUACAACUGUUAUGAUAAUAAUCAUUUGAUGAGGAAUGUGGUAGAGGGUAAUGCUAGUUAG